UGGGCGGGUCCAGAGAGACACUUCCGCCCCUCACCAACAUGGGCGCGGGCCGGCAGUGCGCAUGAUCAGCUGUCUUUGGAGAUACCCCAGUCCGGAGAGGGAGAACACGGUUGGGGGAGAUCGGCGGCUGAAGCUGCCUUGGCCGGACUUAGCACUCAGGCCUGUGAGGCAGGAGAUACGAAGACUUCCAAAGAAGGACCAAUUCCUCGGAUGUGCCCCCUCACAGAGAGAUGAAGGGGCAGCAGAAAACAGCUGAAACGGAAGAGGGGACAGUGCAGAUUCAGGAAGGUGCAGUGGCAACUGGGGAGGACCCAACCAGUGUGGCUAUCGCCAGCAUCCAGUCAGCUGCCACUUUCCCUGACCCCAACGUCAAGUACGUCUUCCGAACUGAAAAUGGGGGCCAGGUGAUGUACAGGGUGAUCCAGGUGUCUGAGGGGCAGCUGGAUGGCCAGACUGAGGGGACUGGCGCCAUCAGUGGCUACCCUGCCACUCAAUCCAUGACCCAGGCUGUGAUCCAGGGUGCGUUCACGAGUGAUGAUGCAGUUGACACAGAGGGGACAGCUGCUGAGACGCACUAUACUUACUUCCCCAGCACUGCAGUGGGAGAUGGGGCAGGGGGUACCACAUCGGGGAGUACAGCAGCUGUUGUUACCACCCAGGGCUCAGAGGCACUACUGGGGCAGGCGACCCCUCCUGGCACUGGUCAGUUCUUUGUGAUGAUGUCACCACAAGAAGUGUUGCAAGGAGGAAGCCAGCGCUCUAUUGCCCCCAGGACCCACCCUUAUUCCCCGAAGUCAGAAGCUCCCCGGACAACUCGGGAUGAGAAACGCAGGGCUCAGCAUAAUGAAGUGGAGCGCCGCCGCCGAGACAAGAUUAACAACUGGAUUGUACAGCUGUCCAAGAUCAUCCCAGACUGCUCCAUGGAGAGCACCAAGUCUGGCCAGAGUAAAGGUGGAAUUCUAUCCAAAGCCUGUGAUUAUAUCCAGGAACUUCGGCAGAGUAACCACAGGUUGUCUGAAGAACUGCAGGGGCUUGACCAGCUGCAGUUGGACAAUGAUGUGCUUCGACAGCAGGUCAGACCCCCGCACCCUCAGUAUAGCUGUCCUCAGCCUCCCUAACCACUAACCCAGCUUGGGCCGCCUCCUCACUGGUGGGUGUCCCGGUAAGUUCAGGGACUUGGCUGUGCCAACUUUUCUACCUAUUUCCCUUACUGCCUCCUUCCCGUGGUAGGUGGAAGAUCUUAAAAACAAGAAUCUGCUGCUACGAGCUCAGUUGAGGCACCACGGAGUCGAGGUCGUCAUCAAGAGUGAUAGCAACUAAUUCUGGGGAUCCAGAGGCUUUGGGCCCUACAGCCCCUUUCAGAGAACUGCAGAUAGCCCAGGAGCAACAGGCUAACCCCGUGCCCUUUCCUUCACUGCCCACUUCUGGCAUGGGACUGGGGGGAGUUCAGAAGGCGUGUCUUUGAACUGAGGCCUUGUGAUAUAGCAGCCUGCAGUGGUGUGAAACACACACGUGGAUGUGUACUGACCUCCUCGCCCAACCCCACCGUGCAGCCCCUGGGCCCUUGUGCUCCUCUUGCACAAUGCAUGUGCUGUCUCCAUGCUGGACACUGGACACACUGAACUGGGGGGCUUGCCCUGUGCUUGCUUAGAGUGCCAGCAGAGGGUCUGCUGACAAGCAAAGCUCUGGCUUGCCCCAGGACACUGGCGCUUCCACUGGUUCUUCCUUUCCCUGGAGCUCAGAUGUGCACCUGAGGACUCUGGGGAACAGGCUUCAGCAAGAAGUGGGGAUAGGAUGCUUAGCAGUGGCUGCUGCCCCAGGAAGAGGAGAUUGGCCGGCAAGCAGCUAAGGCCUAUGCAGAAGUCUCUGAAGCCAGGGAGAACAACAGGCAGGGCCCACUGGGGGCCUUACCCCCUUGUGGGGACGUUUUUCCCCCCCCCUUUUCUUUCUUUCCUUUUUUUUUUU